UGAAGCCGCUCCAACUAGUAAUCGCAAUUCGAUCGCGAGAUAAACUUUAACUCUAGUUUUAACAUGUUGUCCGUGUGCGGAUGAGUCGUCCCUUAUCAGCUGGUGGUGUGGCGUGAGACGUGAUCCGCCGUGAUCGGGAUACCGACGAGAUCUCGCCGUCAGUUGUGCAUGUAAGCGCGUGAGGUAAGCGGUGCGUGUGCCGACGUCGUUCGGUUGUUGUUUUUGCGCCUGACACAUAAAACUCGUGUGCGUGCAAGUCAAUGAAUUAGCGAAUAACACACAGCCGCUCGGCUGUCAGUCAGUCUGCGCGCAGCCAGGGUUCGAGUCGAUAGAGACGGUCAGUCAGCAUCGGAGUUCACUCGUCGUGGUUCAGAGUGACAACAUUAACAGCCAAAAAAAAACCUGCGACGAUGUUCUCGGGGUGAAGACGACACGGAACCGAAGCGUCGAGUUACAGUUACAGCGGCGGUCAUGGACAACUUGUGGGUGGGCAGCGAGACGGAUCUGUCCGUCCUGCAUGAGAUCCGGAUGGCGGACCGUCUCGAGUACCGCGUGCAGUGCCUGAAACCGCGCGAAGUCGUCUGCAAACAACAACAGCCGGAUGGGGUGGUGACGGCGAACGCGACGGCGGCGAGAUCGGUGGCUGGAAAGCCCGCCUUCGUGCGGGAUUGCUCCAGCACGAAUAUCAUCGAUACAGAUGACUGCGACUCGUGCAGCAGCUGCUGCACCAGCCGGCAGGGAUGCAGACGAAGGUCAGGCACUUGGCCGAGGACGCGCUCACUCAAUGCACCGUCUCCCAUCCAGCAGUUUGGGCCAUGCGGCAGGAUAAUGAAAAACUCGGCGAUGGUCAUGUCGAUCCAAGAUCCGGCCAGCCAGAGACUCACCUGGUACAAGCCGCCGCUCACCGUGCUCGUGAUUAAGAAAGUGCACGACGCAGCCGUCCUGCCGCCGUUCGUCCAGCUCGUGCAAUGGCUAUUCACGGAAAAACGAAUGGUGGUGUUUGUUGAGUCAGCUGUAAUGGAUGAACCACUCUUGGAUCAGUAUCCUGCCUUUCAAGGCUUCAAAGACAAACUGAUGACCUUCCAGGACGGCAAGGACGACCUCACGGACAAAAUCGACUUUAUUAUUUGUUUGGGAGGCGAUGGCACACUAUUGUACGCUAGUCAUCUCUUCCAGCAGUCGGUGCCGCCGGUGAUGGCGUUCCAUCUCGGCUCGCUCGGUUUUCUCACGCCGUUUCAGUUCGAUAACUUUCAGUGGCAGGUGAAUAACGUGCUGGAGGGCAACGCGGCGCUCACGUUACGCAGCCGGCUGCGUUGUGUGAUGCUGAAGAAGCGCGACAAGGAGGCGGAGAUUGUGAAUAGCGGCGGCGGUGGUGGUGGUGCCGCUGGUGGCGGAAAGAAUAAACUGCCGACGAAUGUGCUGGUGCUCAACGAGGUUGUGAUUGAUAGGGGACCAUCGCCGUACCUCUCCAAUAUCGACUUGUUCUUAGACGGUAAACAUAUUACAAGCGUACAGGGUGAUGGCUUGAUUGUGAGCACUCCAACGGGGAGUACGGCCUAUGCUGUCGCGGCCGGCGCGUCUAUGAUUCAUCCCAGCGUGCCCGCCAUUAUGGUAACGCCGAUUUGCCCGCAUUCGUUGAGUUUUCGUCCGAUUGUUGUGCCGGCGGGUGUGGAACUUAAAGUCGCCAUCUCGCCGGACAGCAGAAACACUUCGUGGGUGUCGUUUGAUGGCCGGAAUCGACAGGAACUCCUACAUGGUGAAAGUUUGCGUGUGACGACUUCGAUUUAUCCAGUGCCGAGCAUUUGCGCCUUAGACCAGAUCUCGGAUUGGUUCGAUUCGCUAGCGGAGUGUUUGCAUUGGAACGUGCGGAAGCGGCAGAAGCAGCUCGAGGAUCUCACCGACCUGACACAUUCCAGUUCGAACGACACGCUCGACUCCCUUGAGAUCCGCAGCGAGAGCGGGCAGGAGUAGUGCGCGUGCGCACGCGAAACUGGUGCUUGUUCUUUAUUCUAUUUUAUUUAUUAUGCUCAUUUUUUAUUUGUAUAUUGAGAGCGUUCGACGCAAUCAGUUUAUCACGGUGCACAUGAAUACAUCUUGAUCGGACCGCGAUUUUAAAUUAAUUUUUAAUUUAUAGUACGAUUUUUUUUUAUAGAAGCACUUGUUUGAUAUUUAUUAACACGCCGUUUGUCUGCAUUGUUUAAUUAUUUAUUUAUUUGUUACUGCGUUCGAAGUUGUUUGUUGCAAAUCACACGAAUUCACCACGAUUGUAUGACUUUUUGACAACCAGGGCAAUAAUGUACAGGUGUACCUAUCACCGCAGUUAGAAAUAAGUGAAAAUGGGUCCAACUAGUGAAAUUCUAGCCGUAAUUUUGUGUGUGUUUGUUGGAGUUUUGAGCGACGCGCGAUUGGAACGUAAUUACCUUGCAUUGUGAAUAACGAAUGUGGAAGAUUGAUUUGAAUUGUUGCCAAGUUAUUGGGUAGAUCCCAACUUAUUGUGUGCUGAUUUUGCACUGCAUCGCUGGUUUUCUACCAGCCGCACAUUUUUAAACAACGUGAAUAACUAGAUAAGGGAAGUGGACGUCGGGAGGGCCGCGGCCUUCUUUGAUAUUAUCAUCACCGUUGCAUACUGUCGUACUUAUGACCUCGAAAGGAAGCAAUUUGUUACAUAUUGAUAGUUUUAAAGUUGAAAUAUUUUAUAAUGAUUGCAAGUCAGAUGAGAUUAUAAAAGAGGUUUUAUUAUGUUUUUAUUAUAUGCUGAUUGAA